CGUGAUGAACACGUACUCACGACGCAAGUCUUGGAAUCUCGAAACGUAUUUUGCCACUACAAAGCCGAAUAUAUUAUUUGAAAUACCCUUCUAGAAACGUAAAUAUUUAAAUAGUCAUGAUUUAAGCGGAACUACUUUAUUGACGCCGACAGGCUAGCUUGAUACUAACGAACACAGUGAUGGUGGCGCCUGUUGGAUUCGUGGCGGUCGUCGUCGUUUGCUAUGUGUUCGCGUAUUAUUGGGUGUUCAGGGGGGCGAGGUGCUUGAGUCCAAAGAAGCUGAACGGCAAGACAGCCGUCGUGACAGGGGGCAACACUGGUAUUGGUAAGGCCACAGCUCUUGAAUUGGCCAAGAGAGGAGCCAGGGUCAUUUUAGCCUGCCGUAAUAAGAAGAAAGCUGAAGCUGCUGUGUUUGACAUCCGCAGAGAGAGUGGGAACAAUCAAGUUGUGUUCAUGCAGUUGGAUCUUGCAAGUUUUCAGUCUGUACGCAGUUUUGCUGAAACCUUCUUAAAAACUGAGCCCAGAGUGGACAUUCUUAUCAACAAUGCAGGUCUCAUGGGCCCUGGAUGCACACAGGAUGGUUUUAGUAUGGUGCUUGGGGUCAACUACCUGGGUCACUUCCUGCUCACCAACCUUCUCCUCAAGAGAAUGCAGCAGUGCGGGCCCAGUCGCGUCGUAAAUGUGUCCGCUCUUCUCCACCGCCUUGGCAACAUUGAUUUCUCCUUUCUGGCUUGCAACAAAGAUUUGGUGACAGGCCAGUCGACCUGGCGCAACUUUCAGGCCUACUGCAACAGCAAGCUGUGUAACGUGCUUUUCACCAGAGAACUUGCAAACAUACUGGAGGGCUCAAAAGUGACCUGCUACAGUCUCCACCCAGGCAUUAUCUACACCGAAUUAUGCCGCAAUAUGAGCCUGUGGCAGCAGUUUCUGAUAAUGCCCUUUGCCAAGCUUUUCUUUCUCGACCCUGAGGGUGGCUCCCAGACCACCGUGUACUGUGCCCUCCAAGAGGGCAUCGAGAGUCUCAGCGGGCGCUAUUUUUCCAACUGUGCCCUGCAACAGGUGGGACACAAAGGGCGAGAUGAUGCUCUGGCAAAGAAGCUGUGGGAGGUGAGUGAGCGAUUGACAGGUUUAUCAUCCAGCCAUCCAUUUUCCGUACCACUUAAGAAGUUAAUUAAUUCUGAAGCUCCAAGGACUACAUGACACUUCUUUGCUUCAUCAACUACUUUCUACCACUGUACCUAUCUGUACUUCAUCACUGUAUGGGAAGAAAAUAUUUUUGGAAUAAAGAAUAUAUAUUUUUU